AUGAUUGGUGAAUAUUGUUUUUGCAAUUGUACAAAUCUUCAAUCAAUAAAUUUCCCAUAUGGUUUAGACAUACAGGCUGGUACUUUUAAGAAUUGUAUUAAUCUAGGCAAAAUAGAUAUUUCUGAUAUUACUUUAAUUAAUGAUUAUGCAUUUUAUAAUUGCACAAAAUUAACAUUUGAUUCUUCUCCAUCUUCGAGCUGUGGUGUUUUUAAAUUUGCAUUUUCAUAUUGUUUAAGCAUAAAAUCAAUUAUAAUUAAAGCAGAUAUUAUUGGAGAAGGCGCAUUUAGUAACUGCAUUGGUCUCGAAACAAUACAACUUUACAUUGGGUCUUUAUUUAUUGAAGAUAAAGCCUUUGAAAAUUGCAUAAAUCUUGGAAAUAUUGAUUUCCCAAAUACUAUAAGUUCAAUUCGAAAUUAUGCAUUUUAUAAUUGCACAAAAUUAACAUUUAAUUCUUUUCCACAAUCGCUAGAUAAUAUUGGCAAUCAUGCAUUUUCAUAUUGUUUAAGCAUAAAAUCAAUUAUGAUUCCAACAGAUGAUGUUUAUGAAGGCACAUUUUGUAACUGCAUUGGUCUUGAAACAGUACAAUUUAAUUCUGUUCAUGUAGAUAUUGGACCUGAAGCCUUUGAAAAUUGCAUAAAUAUUGGUAAAAUAGAUUUCCCAAGUAGUAUAGCUUCAAUUGGAAAAUAUGCAUUUCAUAAUUGCACAAAAUUAACAUUUGAUUCAUCGCUACAUAUAGUUCUUUUAGAAUACGCAUUUGCAAAUUGUAAAAGUAUUAAAAGUAUUGUUUGCUCGGGAAAUGAAAUCCUGAUAAGUACAGGGGUAUUUGCAAAUUGCACUAAUUUGGAAAGCGUUGUAAUUGAAACAGAUUUGACUUUCAUCAAUAACUAUCUAUUCACAAAUUGUUAUUCAUUAAAAUCGAUUCAAAUUCCUGAUACUAUUAAAAUUAUCGGUUAUCAUUCAUUCCUUAAUUGCAGAUCUUUGCAAAGUUUUACAUUUCCAGAAAACAUCAGAAAAAUUGGGGAAUCUGCAUUUGAAGGUUGUAUCAAUAUUAAAAGUAUUACAUUCUUAAAUUUAUCAAAACCAGUUACACUCGGUAAUUGCUGUUUCAAAGGUAUGAAAUCAUUAGAAAACAUCACUCUUCCUUCAACCAUUAUUAACAUUUCUUCAGAACUCUUUUAUCAAUGCACUAGUUUAAGAGAAAUAAAAUUGCCAGAUAACAUUACAGCAAUUGGAGAAAUGGCCUUUGAAGAAUGCACUAAUCUUUCUAGUAUCGAAAUUCCAAAUAUAGUUUCUAAAAUUGCUACGAGAGCAUUCUGUCAUUGCAUUAAUCUCAAAGAAGUAACAUUGGAGACUUUGAUUGAAUCUAUACCUGUUCAAUGCUUUUAUGAAUGUUCUUCUCUUGAAACAGUCAAUAUUAAUUCAAAUAAAUGCCUGUUAAUCGCCACUGAAUCAUUUUUCAACUGUAAUUCAUUGAAAUCUAUUUCAUUUCCAGUUUCAUUGCAACAAAUUGGGCCACACGCAUUUGCAAAUUGUACAAAUUUAGCAGAACUAACAUUUCAAAUUGCGCUCCUUCAGCUAUGUGAGGGAUGUUUUAUUAAUUGCACAUCAUUGAAUAAGAUCAAUUUACCAAAGAGUCUUAAAACCAUAGAAAAGGAUUCAUUUUCAAAUUGUUAUGAAUUGCAUGAAAUUAUUAUUGAAUCAAACUGUUCAAUAACAGAAAAUGUUUUUGAAAAUUGCAGCAAAUUAGAAAGCAUUGUUAUUAACUCACAAAAUUAUGAUAUAUUACAAAUUGAAUCUUUCCAUAACAUAGUCAAAUCAAUCACAUUUAAUGUAUCAGUCAUUAAAUAUCCAUCAGUUUCAUCAUUCUAUCAUCUUGAAAGCAUUACCAUUGUUUCUCAUGAAAACGCUUCAUUUAUCGACGAAUAUUUCAUCACAUCACAUAACGUUAAUAUUACUAUCAUCGGAAACAUCAAACGAAUUUCAGAUAAAUCAUUCUCUAACAGUUAUAUCAACACAUUCUUGUACUGCGGUGAUCGUUCAGUUGAAGGUCAAUUCCUUUCUCAAGAUCGAGUGAAAAUUGUUAAUGUUUCAGAAUACUAUCCGCACAAUAACAUUGGUGGUGUUCAUGCUCAUAAAACAUCUAACUGUCCAAACUUUCCUGAUAAAAAAUACUUCAGACUUACCACACUACAAAUUAUUAUGAUUGCUAUAUCAAUUGUUAUUGUUAUUUGUAUACUUAUAUUCAUAGUUAUCAAAAUCCAAAUUGUUCGAAAGUCACAAAAGGUCUAUGAGAGUAGAAUGCUAAUGGAGAAGAUUAUUGUUGCAGAUUUCGGAUAA